AUCACAUUAUCACAGGUUAUGACUUAGUGUCUGAUGUUAUUUUAGUUUGUGAUAACUAAAUCUUAUUUCGAUGGCUGAGUCAGAAGUGGAGAGCCUCACAGAGCUGUUCAGAUGUUUCAUAUGUAUGCAGCCUCUACAGAGUGCCCGACUCUGUCCCCACUGUUCCAAACUAUGCUGUGCUCCAUGUGUCGAGAGAUGGUUGCUAGAACAGCGUCAAGAAUGUCCUCAUUGCAGAGAGCCCCUGCAGCGCGGAGAACUGGUGAAAUGUAGAUGGGCUGAAGAAGUAACACAGCAACUUGAAUCCAUGCGAUCUCUAAACCACGAGUCUAAAGCUAUGGAGAGACAGCUGGAAAGAGAUAAAUGCGUCCACCACGAAGGGGAGAAGUUAUCAGUGUUCUGUAUUUCCUGUCAAAUGUGCAUCUGCCACCUCUGUGCACUCUUCGUAGGCCAGCACUCUGGUCACUCUUUUAAACCACUUGAUGAGGAGUAUGAGGUGCACAAGAAGAAGAUAACUGACGAAAUCAGUGCUCUACGGAAACGACUAAUGGAGCUAGAUGGAAUAAAACGAGACAUUGAAAAGAAUGUUGAGACGGUAAAAUUCGCCAAGGAAAACAGAGAGGACGACAUGAGGACAGUGUACGAUGGAAUGGUAAAGAAGCUGGAGUCUCAAUUAAAGAACAAACUCAACACACUCAAGGGCCAAAAAAACAGCAUUUGUAAUGAAACAGAGUUUCUAGAGAAGAUUCUCUUUACUGUUGAGCGGGAGUUAAAACAAAAGUCCAAAUCGGAGCUGAUCAACAGUGUUGGUCACCUCAUGGACAUGUUCUCCAAAGUCCACGAAACACCCAUGACUAACUUCACUAGUGCCCCUGUUCCUGCUGACUUUGUAUCGGAGAUAGUCCCUCAAUAUCAGUCCGCUUCUUUCGUUCUCAGAAAUUUCAGUAUGCUGAAACGUAAGGCAGAUCCAGUGUACAGCUCUCAUCUCAACUGUAACGGUAUAAAGUGGCGACUCAAGGUCUAUCCUGACGGUAACGGAGUAGCUCGCAGUAACUACCUUUCUGUUUUCCUCGAGUUGGUCGAGGGAGUCUCUGAGACUAGCAAGUACGAGUACAAGGUAGAAAUGCUCCAGCACAACUGUAAUGGAACUAGAAGUAUAGCUAAUGUCGUCCGAGAAUUCGCCUCCGACUUUGAGGUAGGGGAGUGUUGGGGGUACAACAGGUUCUUCAGACUUGAUCAGUUGGAAGAAGGAGGUUACCUGGACACCGAGGAGGACUGUGUUGUCCUCAAGUUCCAUGUUAGACCUCCUACCUUCGCUCAAAAGUGUCGUGACCAGACUUGGUAUAUUUCAAGCUUAGAAGAGUCCCAAUCACAGCAUAUUGAGCAGCUGAACAAUUUGAAAAUGUCGCUGAAGGAACGGUCACGUGUUCUGCACGAUGCGCGCCCUCACGCGGAGUGUGUGCCUGCACGUGAUGUUACCGACCGGACUGAUCGCACUGAAAAUAGCAUCGAGGCGAACGAUAUGAACUCUACACGGAACGUAGAUCCAGACGACUUGUUCGACCUCACGGACCUACCACCUCCCUUCGAGAACAGUGAGGAGGAAGAGGAGGAGGAGGAGGAGGGUGACGAGAACGACUCUACUCUUCAGAAAAUAAGAUACUCCAUUCAGCUGGUGGGCGACGAACAACGGCCCUUAUCAGCCGACAGCUGGGAGAGAAGACUGAUGAACCAGAUCGGAGUUUCCAGUUUCCCUGGAACCGCGGAGGACACCCUUAAUACCUCCCACCCUGCUUCUGAGGAGUCAUUCACCACACUACCCACCAUCGAACCUCCUGCCAUUGUAAUAGAGAAUGAAAAUCAGGCUGGCCCCUCUACGCCAUUGGCAGUUGCAUCGUUGGGAUCAUCGAUACAGAGCGUUACUAGUGUUACUACUGACGAGCUGGAACCCGAGCUAGUUGACCUUAUCGAAAGUGAAAGUGAAACUGAACUCCCCACUCUUAGCGCCUUCACCCCUGAACAACCAGGAGACAAGUUGGAUCACCCGCGGACUCUACAUGUUGAGCAUCACCACUCCAGGGUCACCACCUCCAGAAACAGCAACUGUGUCGCUGAUAAUGAGAUGGAUAUAGAAGCGCUAGAUCACAACUUUGACAUCCGGCUUUUGUUGGACAAUAGCGAAACGCAGGGAGAAGUUGAACAUCUAGAUAAUUCCUAAAACUCAAGCCUCGCAGUGCUCCAUAAUUCGGCUACCCGAAGAAAUUCCCACUUUUAUCAGUUAUAAAAUAUCUAUUGAGAUGAAAUUAUCCGUUUAUAAACAUUUACAGUUUAUAUUCCCUAGUUUGACGGUUAUUUUCUUGACCAAUCUCAGUUCAGUUAAUUUUGUUAACUGAGGUAUUAUUACCGCAUAUUGCAAUCAUUACCGCGAUUGACGAUAUUUCAGUGGAUGCAGAUAGCAGCUACCGCGCCACUGCGAUUUCGAUGUAAGUAUUGCCAGCCUAUAUCGUAGUCUAUGAGUAUGACACUUGCAAUGGUAAAGGCUGCUUAUAAGUCGAGAAAAAUAUCAAUCUUUAGAAUAAUCACAAUUUAUAGCAUAUAAAUAACUCCUAUAGUUUAUAUUUUCCUUAUUAAGUUUAUAGCUGUGUUAAACUUUUGUACAAGUUCGGUUUACUUCUAGGUUCGGUUUGUAAUUGAACAUGUGUAAUUACACAUUAAAAUUGAGCUGCGCAAGCGAACCGAACAAAAGUUUAGCAGCGUAAUUCCUAUUAAAAUUUUGGGUGUAAAAUUAUUAAACUCUAAAAUUUAUUCCUGCAAAACUAUGUUAUUAUUUAUUUUCAAACUUUACACCAAUCUGAAAUAGUUAACAAUAAACAUCCUAAAGAUCUGAUAAGUCUACAAAGAAGGUCGGAAAAAAGCUUAAAAUUAUUAUUAGAUGGCAAUAAACUUUAAAACAAAAAACAUAAAACGUGUUUAAACGAAUGUUACAUCUGUUUAAAGUUAUAUUAGUAGCCAUGCCACGCGGACGUAGAUACCAGGAUGCUGUGAUAGUUGUAUAUAAAUCAUAAUUUCAUAUUUUGCUAACUUGUACAAUGUUUAUUAACUUUUUAUGAAGUUUAUUUUGAUGAACUGAAAAAAUCAUGGUAUGAUAACGUUUUAACACGAUACGGCAGGAUAUAUUGAGCAAAUGUAAAUGGUAAAGUGCUUUUCGAAACAUUGGGGUUUCAUUAUAUGGACGACUCAAGAAAUUUCUGCUGAGAAAAUACCUUACACAGUUACAGUUUCCCUAUACUACAUAAAUAAUUGAUUACCUGGGCCUGUUCAUAUUUGAAUUUAUUUACCGUUAUUGUUGCGCAAUUGACGGGUUUAAUAUUAUGUAUUACGUUUCAUUGUACAUAUCAUUUAUUGAAGAAUAUCUAUUAAAAUUUUCUC